AUGCCUUGCGAAAGAAUACCCCCCUGUGCACCCACAGGAGAUUGCAGAGAAAUGCGAAUGAGCGAAGCUCUCAGAUUCACCAUCACCCAUUUUCACAACCAGGUCAGGGCCACCACAGCGACUACCACCCCUGGUGCUGCCAAAAUGAGAGCGCUAAAGUACAACAGAGACCUGGAAACCGUGGCGCAAUGCUGGAUCAACACAUGCACUCUAGAUAAAAGCGCGUGUUUGGUCACCCCUCAGUUCAAAACCUUCGGACAGAACCUUGGCUCCAUCGAUAUUUUCGACAGAUCUGGACUAGAUCCGACAAGCGAUCCGGCGUCCCUCUGGCAAGAGAUGAUGACCGUGUGGACGGACGAGGUGAACAACAUAAACGCGGAUAUAAUACAGAAAUUACCGGCUCCGGAGGAAACGUAUAGGUACGAGCACUACACGCAGAUAGUGACGGAUUACACGUCGCAUUUAGGAUGCGCUUGGAGCGUCUCCAACGAGUCCAUCCACUUCGCCUGUUUUUAUGGUCCCCCGGGUGGGAUCAAGGAUAAUCCCGUUUACGAGUUUGGACCGUUUUGUUCCAAAUGUCCUGAAGGUACUGAGUGCUAUAGACCUUUGGGGCUCUGCGCCCAAAUCGAAACGGGGGUGCAACAUUGGAAGUUGAAGAUGAAGGCUUCGGAUAGUUUUUCUCGUUGUGAAAAUUUGUCGUCUUUGGAGUGGAGCGUUUAUGUUUUAUCUUUGAUGUGUCUUGUUGGGUUUUUCUUCGAGUUUUAG